GUGCAUGUUCUAUGUUCUGUGCCAUAAACAUUUUAUUUACUAUAUGCUACCAGCGUAUACAUAAAUAUUUGCAGAAAUAUAAGUACGCUGGUAUUAAACUGUUACUUAUUUAUUAACAUGGUAUAGUGUACCGUUAAAAUAAAAACAGACUUUAUUAGAGCUUUUUAAAGUUUUUCAUUCCAUGUCUUUCUAUUUACGGAACGCGUUGGCAGCGGUGAAGGGGCGGCGGUGGCCGGGAUUGGUGCCGCAGCGCCGGCAGCUCAACUGCCACACGGCCAGUGUGUGCAAAGUGCACAGACUCACGUAUGCGCGCACCUACCCUACCGUGCUGGUGCUGCCAGACGGCUCCAGCAUCGCCAUGCGCUACAGCGAGCCCAGGAAGAUCAUCAGGUUGCCCCUGGACUUGUCAACACUGACGGAGGAAGAAAGAAGAGUGCGCCUAGAGAAAAGAAAACCUAGGAAAAAGUUGAAAAUCGUAGAGGACGUUGAAGACAGUUUUGAUGUGAAUAAAUAUGUUAAAUAUAUCAAGAAAGUGUGACAUAACAUGCGAGCACGAUUGUAGUCUUUAUGUCAGCGGCAGCAGCUCGAAUAAUUUUCUGUUCUGUUAAACGUGCCUGCAUUUUCAGUAAUGCUGUAUGUAUGCAAUUAUUGUAUUAUUUAUUAAGCAUAAUUAUAUUCAUGCAAUAAGGAGAGGUAUGAACAAAAAGAGGCCAUAUUAGUUUGAAUAGUUUUAUGCCCGUAAGCUGGAGUCACAAUGCUAUGCCGAACACAACACAGCAAAUACAAUCAGGCAGUCUUGGACUUGUGAAAGAAGUUGAAAACUACUAAAAGAAAAAUGACGAACUAUCUAUAAUUUUAUUCAGGUCUACAGAAAUAGAACAGAACUGAUUUGUUGACCUCAGUCAAAUCAUGAUUGUGUAAAAUCUAUGUAAAGUUUGAGCAGUAGUUUAGUGCAUUUGCCUUGGUUGAUCCGUGGACACGGAAUAACACAGGAAUACAGUGAAACCUCAUUAAUAAAAAUCCUGUUACUACAAAA